UGCCCCCACGAAACCAAAAUCCCGCCUCGACCGCCGCCUCCCCCGCUAUUUAUCGAGCGUGACACGGAGAAAGGAUCCGACGGCCGAGAGGUCGGCGGCGGCAAGAGAUCGAUGACGGGAAAGGAGCCCGGACGGUGCCGGCGCCACCCCUGCGACCACCUCGGCCCCACUGCUGGCGGCGGGGUCUGCCCCUCCUGCCUCCGCCACCGCCUCCUCCCCCUCUGCCCCGACUGCGCCCAGCUGCGCCCCUGUCCUUGCUGCACUUCGCCAUCUCUAUCCUCCUCCUCCUCCCCCUCCGGCACCUCCUCCGUCUCCUCCUCCUCUUCCGAUCUCGCCGCCUCUGGGCGGCGGAGAUCCGCCUCAGUGGUCGGCGGAGGGAGGCGUCCGCCGGCGAGGAUGGAAGAGGGCGAGAGAGGGAAUGUUCGGAGAUCAAGUUCAGUCGGGGUUGCCGGCAACGUUCUUGUCGGCGGUGCCAAGGGUGGUGGUUUGAAGUGGCUGAAUCGGGUCUUCUUGAUGGCCGCUAGGGCUUUCGGGGGCCAAAGGAAGACGGCCAAGGUCUGCAAGGAGCAACCGGACACUCUCUGGCUCUAAAAUGAGAUCGAGAGGAGCGAGUCUAAAAAAAAAAACGGGUGAAAUUUCUCUAAUUGUUAAUAUUUCACUACUCUGUGUAUAUCUUAUCGUCUAGAUUUUUUUUUACUUUAAACUUUUUCAAAAUUCUUGAUUUUUGUUCAAUAAAAUU